GACCUCUAAAUUGUUUCACAUCUCUGACCCUAAGCAUGCUCUGUUACCUGUACUAAAUGUGAUGCUACAUUUUAGCUUAAACAUAUAUGUUUUUAUCAAUAUAUAUGUGUAUUUCCAGGUACUACUUGGUGUUUAAGUACUCUGAAAUUAAGUCAGCAUCGCUGUAAACAUGGCAGGAGUUAUCCGGAGGCUCGACGAGACUGUUGUCAACCGCAUUGCUGCAGGAGAAGUUAUCCAGCGUCCUGCCAACGCCGUCAAAGAAUUGAUUGAAAAUUGCUUGGAUGCCAAAUCCACCAACAUUCAGGUGACGGUGAAAGACGGCGGACUGAAGCUCCUUCAGAUUCAGGACAACGGCACGGGCAUCAGGAAAGAAGACAUGGAAAUCGUAUGUGAGAGGUUUACCACCAGCAAACUCCAGACUUUUGAGGACCUCUCAGCCAUUGCAACCUAUGGAUUCAGAGGAGAGGCCCUUGCUAGUGUAAGCCACGUUGCUCAUGUGACCAUAACAACUAAGACAGCUGAUGCCAAGUGCGCUUACAGAGCCAGCUACAGUGAUGGUAAACUGAAAGGCCCUCCCAAACCGUGCGCUGGCAACCAGGGAACACAGAUUCUUGUGGAGGACCUCUUCUAUAAUGUGUCCACCAGGAGAAAAGCUUUGAAGAGCCCCAGUGAUGAGUACUCCCGAAUUGUAGAUGUGGUCAGCAGGUACGCCAUACACAAUUCAGGAAAAAGUUUUUCUGUGAAAAAGCAAGGAGAGACUGUGGCAGAUGUGAGGACUCUACCAAAUGCCACUGUAGUGGAUAAUAUUCGAGGAGUUUUUGGAAAUGCAGUCAGCAGGGAGCUGAUUGAAGUUGGCUGUGAAGAUCAGAAGCUGGCUUUUAAGAUGAAAGGCUACAUCUCUAACGCAAAUUACUCGGUCAAGAAAUGCAUCCUGAUCCUCUUCAUCAACCAUCGCCUGGUUGACUCAAGCGCUUUGAAAAAAGCGAUCGAGACAGUUUAUGCUGCAUACCUUCCCAAGAACACGCACCCUUUCCUGUAUCUCAGCUUAGAGAUCGCUCCGCAGAAUGUAGACGUUAAUGUCCAUCCCACGAAACACGAGGUGCAUUUCUUGCACGAAGACAGCGUCAUCGAGAGCAUUCAAAAGCACGUCGAGAGUAAACUUCUUGGCUCCAACUCUUCACGCACAUAUUUCACUCAGACGCUGCUGCCAGGGCUGUCAGUCUCAGGUGGCGGUGACCUGAAGACCUCCAGCGCUGCAGCAGAGUCCAGUGAGCGAAUCUAUGCACAUCAAAUGGUGAGGACCGACUGUCGUGCACAGAAGCUGGACGCCUUCCUCCAGCCAAAAGAGAAACCGCCUCCUGAUCCUGGACCAGCUGGUCCCAGUGGCAUGGAGGCUGCGACUGAAACAGGCCAGCCUGACAGCAGAGAGAUGGAUGUGAUGGAUGAAAUGGAUGAUGCGGACAUGCUGGAGGCCCUGGCUGAGCAGGCAUCAGUCGUGUCAAAAGACAAUGAAGACAAUGCCAGUGGUGUUCAAAGGAAGCGACCCAGGACAGAACAGCAGCAGCAUGAGGAAGAAGACGAGGACGUGACAGCUGCAGAAACGCCCAAGAGACGAGUCAUAAAACUGACCAGCAUCAAAGAGCUGAGAGCUGAGAUCGCUGAGAACACACACACAGGUCUUCAGGAAAUGCUGCAGAACCACUCAUUUGUUGGAUGCAUCAACCCCCAGUGGACUCUGAUCCAACAUCACACCAAACUGUAUCUGCUGAACACCACCAACCUGAGCCAGGAACUUUUCUACCAAAUACUGAUCUAUGACUUUGGGAACUUUGGUGUACUAAGACUGUCAACACCAGCUCCACUUUAUGACUUGGCCAUGUUAGCUCUGGACUCUGAGGGGAGUGGCUGGACAGAAGAGGAUGGUCCCAAAGAAGGCCUGGCUCAGUACAUAGUGGACUUUCUGAAGAAGAAGGCUGAGAUGCUGGAGGACUACUUCUCCAUGGAGAUCGACCAGGACGGAAAUCUAACAGGGCUGCCGUUAUUGCUUGACAAGUACACUCCUGUCAUGGAGGGUCUCCCCAUGUUCAUCCUGCGCCUGGCCACCGAGGUGAACUGGGACAAUGAAAAGGAGUGUUUCAGAGACUUCAGCAAGGAGUACAGUAUGUUCUACUCCAUCAGGAAGCAGUACAUCCUGGAGGCAGAGCCAGGAGAGGAGCAGGAUGCAAACUCGUGGCGUUGGAAAGUUGAGCACAUCAUCUUCAAAGCUUUCCGAACCCUGUUCAGUCCUCCGAAAAACUUCAGUGAGGAUGGCACUGUACUGCAGAUCGCCAACUUGCCUGAUCUCUACAAAGUGUUCGAGAGGUGCUAAAUGUGACCGAAAAUCAUCUACACAUGCUGCUAUUUUAUACUUGAUGUAACAUUACUGCUGUAAAUAAAUAAGUUUGUAUGGAACAAG